UCAGGCUUCUGGGCUACAAAAGAGCGUCGAUGCCGGCGGUAGCGAUGAAUCCUUUCUGGCACCUGCAGCACGGCGUCGCUGAGGACCGGCUGCUACUGGUGGUUUCCUUGCAGAUAUACUGCUGUUCUUGAACAUCAUCCCAUUGAGAACCUCAGGGCAGUUCAGCCACCAGCAUGUCCAAGCACAAACUUAUUAUACUAAGACAUGGAGAGGGUCAGUGGAAUAAAGAGAACCGGUUCUGUAGCUGGGUGGACCAAAAACUUAACAGCGACGGACUGGAGGAGGCUCGGAACUGUGGGAGGCAGCUCAAAGCUCUCAACUUCGAAUUUGAUCUUGUCUUCACAUCCAUCCUGAACAGGUCCAUUCACACAGCCUGGCUGAUCCUGGAAGAGCUGGGGCAGGAGUGGGUUCCUGUAGAGAGCUCUUGGCGUCUGAAUGAGCGUCACUAUGGAGCCUUGAUUGGUCUCAACAGGGAGAAAAUGGCUUUGAAUCAUGGUGAAGAGCAGGUAAGGCUCUGGAGGAGAAGCUACAACGUGACCCCACCUCCUAUUGAGGAGUCUCACCCUUACUUCCACGAGAUCUACACUGACCGGAGGUACAAAGUGUGCGAUGUGCCCUUGGAUCAACUGCCACGUUCAGAAAGCUUGAAGGAUGUUCUGGAAAGACUUCUUCCCUACUGGAAGGAAAGGAUUGCUCCAGAAAUAUUAAAGGGCAAAUGUGUUCUGAUAUCCGCUCAUGGGAAUAGCAGUAGAGCCCUCCUGAAACAUCUAGAAGGUAUCUCAGACGAGGAUAUUAUCAACAUCACUCUACCCACUGGGGUUCCAAUCCUGCUGGAGCUGGACGAGAACCUGCAUGCUGUUAGGCCACACCAGUUCCUGGGCAACCAGGAUGCCAUCCAGGCUGCCAUUCAGAAAGUGAAUGAUCAAGGGAAAGUGAAACAAGGCAAACAAUAAAACGUGGCCAGGAACGAGCGCGGGGUGGCUUGCAGUGCGUUCUGUGUGGGCUUCUCUCCCUCCUCCGACUGGCCCACUUUCCCCAAGGCUAGGCUGUGUGGUAGAGUUCGUGUAGAUAACUAGGUAAUUUAUCAUGGCCCAGAGGUGACCUUUGGAUGUCUGAAGCCUAAGUUAACUUUUCUGCUAUUCCCAUUUGAAUUAACUUUGCAAAGUAGUAACUAGUGGGGUUUGACCAAGGUUGUUUUGUGUUUUGGAGACAGGAGAGUAACAAGUGGAGGUGAAAUUGUUUAUCAUUUAACAAGUCAUUACUGAGUCACCACUGACAGGCGCGAUUCCAGUGAGGAGGUCACCGUUUGAUUAAGUAAUACUUCUCGAGAAGAGUGAAGACUACUAGGUAGCACUUGAGCAGUUUAGACCAGAGGCCCAUGGAAUGGCAGAGUCACAGAUGGCAACUGAGCACCACAAUAGCGCAAGGCCCUUUGAUUUCUAGCCCAGUGCCAUCCUCUCUGCCAUCAGUAGAAAUCAACUUCAUUCAGUUAGAAGGACCAGGAUGUACACAGCUGUAGCCGUUUAUAUUCUUCUAUUUCAUUGUUAGCUUUUGAACUUUAAUCUUUGGGGAUUUAACAGUUAGUUUAAAAUAAAGCUUUGUGAUUGCAAACUACA